AUGACUAACACAAGGCAAUCUAAUUUGGUUUUACCACCAAUAUCAACGCUGUUACCACCGCAAUACUUCAACAGCCAAACAAUCCAUCCAUAUAUGCUCACUGCAACCACAUAUCCCAAUGCAUCGGUGCCUUACUCCAAAUUCAACCAAUUAAGCUCUCCGGAACGUUACUCUGGCUCAUCACAAAGAUAUACCACUACGGGUCUUUCCAUUGAAAGUAAUGUCGACAGCAGCAGUAGUAGUAGCAGCAGCAGCAGCAGCAGCAGUGUUGUUUACGCUUUGAGCAGCUCUUCCUCGUUAGAUGGCUUGUCAUUCGGUUCUCAAAGCAAACCUCGGAGGGGAAGUAAUGUCGUUUCAGGAAUGGGACUUGAGAUGAAUGGAAUUUCAGCUGGCCAUGUUCAUUCCCUGGGCACUAAUUCGAUGCAUGUUGCUCCUCAAAUCUAUCAUCAACCCACAGGUACAAGUUCUAUGCUUAGCCAAAGUGGAAUUACAGUUGCUACGAAUAAUAAUAUGAUAAGGCCUGCCGUUGGAUCUACAAACUCGUACUAUCAUCCACCUCUGCAUCAUCGUAACACAUGUGAUAAUCGAUCACGUCCUCAUUCCCAAAAAAGUGGAAAACAACAUAUAAGCUACGCUCAACGUCAUCACAAUAGUCCAACCACAGUUGUAAAGGGUAAAGCUAAUGGGAAGGCAGAUAUUUGCGCACAGUGCGGGAAACAAUUCACAAGACCUAGCGCUCUGCGUACGCAUAUGUUGGUACAUUCUGGCGAUAAGCCUUUCGAAUGCACAUGGGAAGGCUGCAACAAAAAAUUCAAUGUUAAGAGUAAUCUCAUAAGGCAUCUGAAGCUUCACAAGUAA